AUGCGUUUCGCAGCAUCUACCCUCUUCGUCGCUGGCCUCGCCGCUGCCCACGUCGCACCUCGGGAGCCCGUCAUCACAGCAGCACCUGUAGCCCAGAGAGACGACAUCAACUCCCUCAUCGACUCGGCUCAGGGCGGCGCCAGCUCUUUGAUCCAGCAGGGCAGCUCUUGGGCUCAGCAGGGCAGCUCCAUCGCAGCUUCGCUAGGCAGUGAAGGGUCCAGCGCCGCCAGCUCUCUAGCCGGCCAGGCCUCGUCGGCCAUCGAAAGUGCCAAGAGCUGGGCCUCCACUGCUGGCGAAGCGGCCAAGUCCUCGGCCAGCGCUGCUCUCGAGAGCGCCAAGAGCGUCGCGUCCACUGCUACCGGUGAAGCUGGUGCCGCCGCCUCGUCGGCUGUCUCAUCGGCCCAGAGCGUUGCCUCGCAAGUGAGCGCCUCGGCUGCCUCGGCAGCUUCGGCAGCUUCCAGCGCCGGUUCCUCCACCACCGGAAAUGCUGCACCUGGCCUCGUCCACAGAGGAGAUGCAUCAUGGAUGUGGGGUGUUGGUGUUGCCACCUUCGGUGCCAUCGCCGGUGCCAUGCUACUAUAA